UGCUGGGCCUCGGUCAUGCUGACCAACGGGCGUGAGGAGGUGGUCAAGUCCUGCGUGUCCCUGCCCGAGCUCCACGCCCAGGUCUUCUGCCACAGCUCCAAGAACGUCACCAAGACCGAGUGCUGCUACACCGACUUCUGCAACAACAUCACUCUGCGCCUGCCGCUCGCAGUGGCGGAGGCAGCGGGCCGGGCCGGGCGGCGCUCGGCGGUGCUGGCGGUGGCAGUGACGGUGCCGGUGCUGGCGGUGCUGCUGGCGGUGCUGGUGGCCUGCACGGCCCGGGGCCGGCGGCGCCGAGGGGCCAAGCCACCCAACGUGGAGGAGCCCCUGUGCGAGGGCAGCCUGGUGGGUUCCGGGAAGACGCUGAAGGAUCUCAUCUACGACAUGACCACCUCCGGCUCCGGCUCCGGCCUGCCCCUGCUGGUGCAGAGAACCAUCGCGAGGACCAUUGUCCUGCAGGAGAUUGUGGGGAAAGGACGGUUUGGCGAGGUCUGGCGUGGGAAAUGGUGCGGGGAGGAUGUAGCUGUGAAAAUCUUCUCCUCCAGAGACGAGCGCUCCUGGUUCCGGGAGGCAGAGAUUUACCAGACAGUCAUGCUGAGGCACGAGAACAUCCUGGGCUUCAUUGCUGCUGACAACAAGGAUAAUGGGACGUGGACACAGCUCUGGCUUGUCUCUGAGUACCACGAGCAGGGCUCCCUUUUUGACUACCUGAACAGAGGCACGGUGACAGUGGAGGGCAUGGUCAGGCUGGCACUGUCCGUGGCCAGUGGCCUGGCCCACCUGCACAUGGAGAUUGUUGGCACGCAAGGGAAGCCAGCGAUCGCACACCGGGAUCUGAAGUCCAAGAACAUCCUGGUGAAGAGGAACGAGACCUGCGCCAUCGCCGACCUGGGGCUGGCGGUGAAGCACGACUCGGUGCUGAACACCAUCGACAUUCCCCAGAACCCCCGCGUGGGCACCAGGAGGUACAUGGCCCCCGAGAUCCUGGACGACGCGAUGAACGUGAACAUCUUUGAGUCCUUCAAGCGUGCAGACAUGUACUCCCUGGGGCUGGUGUACUGGGAGAUAGCCCGGAGGUGCUCUGUUGGAGGAAUCACUGAGGAAUACCAGCUGCCUUACUACGACCUUGUGCCUUCUGAUCCUUCCAUAGAAGAUAUGAGAAGGAUUGUCUGUGAACAGAAGCUCAGACCAAGUAUUCCAAACCAGUGGCAAAGCUGUGAGGCCCUGCGGGUGCUGGGCCGGGUGAUGCGCGAGUGCUGGUGUGCCAGCGGUGCCGCGCGUCUCACCGCGCUGCGCGUCAAGAAGACGAUGUCACAGCUCUGCGUGCCCGAGGACUGCAAAGCCUGA